AUGGCUCCCGUGCGACGUUACUUAAGGAUCACCAAAUAUUCUGUCCUGGAAUGCCGAAUAUAUCUCGAUAGCCCGGCGCUUGCGCAAUCCUGGCUGCUGCAUCCGAGGCAUCAGACUUUGGCGCGGGUCAUGGAAGCCAUUCGCCCGCUUGUGUUGCCGAAGCUACGAGAGGAAAAAGAACGGGAGAGAGCAAAGAAAAAGCCUUCAAAAAAGUCUCGAGUCAAAGAUGUCAUUGUCAAAGGUACUUUUGGGCCAUUGGCUACAAAGCAGCGUCCUUUUCGGUUGGUUGGGAAAGUGAAAGCUAACACAUGCUGGCAACUCGCAGAUGACUUUGAGGUGUCCAUGUUCCUCACUGAAACGAGCACGAGGCACUCAUUACUGUCUAAAAAGAAACACUUCAGAGAGAAGGGCCCCUCAUUGAUGCAGUCGAAUACGACCAAACUCAUCAGCGAGACAAAUGACCAGCCAGUGGAUGUAGACGACGCAGACUUUGCCCCGAUACAUAUUGAGGAGGAAAGCGGUGACGAGGAAGAUAUCGAUCUCUCGGCUAUCCCGACUGCUGAUAUACAAGGCGGGGCUAAGCGUGACAGAGAUUUCACUGCGGAUGCUUCGGACUUUGGUGAUGCUGAUGCAGACAACGGAGCUAUCGAGGUGGAUUCUGGUGAUGAAGAGCCACCGUCCAAACGAAGGCGCGAAAUCCACCGACUGAACUCUGAUGAAGAUGCCGAGGAUGACAAGAAGAAAAUGGCCAUGGACGUUUCAUACGAAGGUUUCGCAAUCUACGGGCGCGUGCUCUGCCUGGUGGUCAAGAGGCGGGAUGCCGGAGCUAAGAAUAAGCAAUCAGCUCUGGCUGGCGGUAACGCAGCCACUGGGCAAGCAAAGAUGGAGAACUGGAUUACGUCUACCCAGAUGCCCGCUGAUGAAGCAUGA